AUAACCCAACCACUGGCACGAAAUGGCUGCUCGUCUAGACGGACUUGAAGUUCUGGAGUCCACGGAUGAUACGGAAAUUAUAGACGAAAGUGCGAUACAGAAUCUCCGCUCAUCUAUCUCGCAGUUCUCCUUCUCCUUCGCGAACCCCCGCCGCUCGCCGCGCAAGCUGAGCAGACCUACGGAGUCGGAUAGCAAUGGCGCACACACUCUGCCAGUGACACCACGCAAGCGACGGGCAGCAUUGGAUGUCUCGACGGCGAGGACACCCUCGCCCAAGAAGUCUAAGAGGGGAUACGCUGCUCCGGAGACGUAUGCGCACCUGAAUUUCCUCCAGGAUUAUCUGAAGGAGGAGCUUGACGUAAUGUUCUGUGGGAUCAACCCGGGGUACAUGUCCGCGGAGAAAGGCCACCACUUCGCCAACCCCACGAACCACUUUUGGAAAUGCCUUCACCAGUCAGGUUUCACCCCAUCCUUAAUCCCUCCAACUCGAGAUUUCACCCUCCCUUCAUCCUACAACAUUGGCCUGACCAAUCUAGUCGACCGACCCUCAAUCGAGCAAGCUGAGCUCUCCCCCGCCGAAAUGGCCACCUCCGUCCCAGCCUUCCUGUCCAAGGUCGCGCGGUGGCGCCCUCGCAUCGUGUGUUUCGUCGGGCGCGGGAUCUGGCUCUGCGUCGAGAAGGCCUUGCAGCAGCCGCUCGGCACUAGCGCCCGCCCCAAACCACCGAGUAGUCCUCGCAAGAAGACGCGUAAAGGCAAGGAUGAGGGGUACGGCCUGCAGCCGUACAAAGCUGUUCAUACAUCCGCCGACGGGGAUGAAAUCAGUACGGUGAGAGAAACCCUAUUCUUCGUCGUACCUAGCACGUCCGGGAGGGUCGUCAGCCAUCAGCUGCCAGAUAAAGUCAGGCUGUUCACUACCCUCCACGAUGUAGUUGACCAGAUGAAAAGCGGCGCUCUUGACACUGACUCCAUGGCUGUCGUCGAGUUACUCAAAGACGAAGAAAUGCCUGAGGUCCCGCUCGACCGAUUACCUUCUGCCCUGCUAGUUAUGGAUGACGACGUGAAGGCCGAAGAGUCGGCAUAG